CAUCCAUCUGAAGUCGGAUGAUGACGACAAGGUUGCUGUGAUGCGAUCACUAUCUCACAAAGGCACGGGCACUCGGAAAGGUGAACGCGACCGUGCGAUGUCGAGUUUUUGACCUUGCAAUGGUCGAGGUCGGCCUCCUUGUUUGGGGACAAUGCGCCUUGCUUUCCAAUGCCUGGGGACUUGGCGAGUUGGCAAUGCUUGUCGGAAAGUGUCUUGCUCGAUGGGAUUAUCACGUUAUCGUCACACCCAAUGCGCAACCUGUCCGACUGCGGGCUCUCUACACCAAGCUUUGCUUGAAUGCACUUCGGAAUGGCAAUGGGCGGACAACUUGCAGGUUUCCGAGACACAUCGGUGUUGAUUGUCUCUCGAGACGCGCACCUAGUCAGACGGCAACGAUCCUCUGCAGCGUGGAUAGGACUCGAUGAACAGACAGACGAUGUCUCAAGAUUAUCGCUUACCCU